GACUGGGAUUGAGCAUCACUAAAAAAGACCAGAUUCUGGCUAAAGGCUACGGGAUGGCGGACCUGGAUGAAAACACCCCAAUGACAGAAAACACUUUAACGUGUAUUGGAUCCGCUGCUAAGGCUUUUACCAGUGCUCUAUUGGCUGUGCUCAUCACAGAAGACAAAAAGAAACGCGGAACCCUAUCAUGGAAAACUACCUUAAAAGAGAUAUUUGGGGAGGAGUUUCGAUUGACCUCUGACCCUGUUGUCAGCUCACACACGACAUUAGAAGACAUUUUGUCUCAUCGCUCGGGUGUUGGAUCCGCCGACGCAUUGCUAAUGGCACAGGUGUAUCCUGAAAAAUACAGAGAUGUUCUUCGAAGACGAUUAAUCCUCCUACCAAAGAAAGGCCAACUUAGAGGACAGUUCAGUUACAACAACUUGAUGUACGGCUUGGCCGGAAUGGCAGCAGAAGCUAUAGGAGGGAAGCCUUAUUUCGAGUUAAUGAGGGAGAAACUGUUAGAGCCAUUGAACAUCACGACUGCCGUUCUGGUAGAUAAUCUGGAUUACAGUCAGCCGCUGACCAGUAAACCCCAUCAGAUGAUCAAGGGGUCGGUUAAACGAAGCGACCCCCGAUUCUAUAGAUUAGGACCAUUUUCGCCUGCUGGAGGCCUGUGUCUUUCCCCGACAGAUCUGACAAAAUGGUUAUAUUUUGUGAAUACUCUUGGUACGACACCCUCUAAGAAGAGGUUAGUAAGCAGCUUCGAUUUCAUGGAAAUGACCUCUUCUAAAGUGGCUCUGGAUUUCCUGACCCAGCUGGGUUUUAGUCUGUUUGACCCCUAUCCCCAGCCUUCCUACACCGCUUGGUACGGGAUGGGCUGGUUCGGCAGAUUCUAUAGAGGUAGUGUCGACUUCUUCCACGGCGGAUCCAUGUUCUCCUACAAUUCAGUGGUGGUCAUGGACACGAUCAAACAGACGGGAAUUGCUGUGACGGUGAAUGGCCUUAACCCUACCAUCCUACAACUUGACCUUUACCCCCUUGCAUACUACCUCAAGGAUCUCCUUCUAGACAAAACGCCUUGGCUUAAUAAAACAACCAUUUGCUCCUACCCAGAACCCUGGGGGAACCCCUUUUUUCGACCACCGCCAACACAAAAUGUCGAAGAGAAAUACGUUGGAGAAACAGGCGAGUUUGUUGGGGUGUUUGGCCAUACCUUGUAUGGGGAGGUGCUGGUCACAGACAACAACCAGUCUAUUGAUCUUAAAUGGGGGGAAGUAAUGAAAGGGACUCUGUACGACCGCACGAACCUGCUUAGUUUCCGUUUGAGAGUAGAUGAUGAUGUUUUUAGUGUACUUGGCAGUGAGAUUGGAGAUAUUAAAGUUGUUUUUAAUCAAUUUUACUCAGGACAAUAUAACAACUUGGAAAUCACAUUUCAAGGCAUGAUGGAGAAAUACAAUUUCAGUAGGGAUGUUGAAUUUAAUUUUUUUUUGCCAUCUCAAUCAACAUCCUCAUCCACAGCCCGACUGAUUUCAUUCACGACAGAGUUCUGUCCCUUUGUUUUAAUAAUGUCCAUUCUUGUAAAUCUUUUCAAUAGAUUGUGA